UGGGUUAGUUAGUUCAGCAGCGGGGGUGAGGACGGUGUGGGGUCCCGCUUUCCCCGGGCGGUGGGUGUCCGGCUGCGGGCGAUGCUACUGUGCGCUGCCGCCGGCUCCUCACUCACACGGGCCGCGCUGGCCUCACGGGCUCGAUGCACUGCAGCCGGCAGCGGCCACGGGCAGCAGCGAGCAGAUGGAAAGAGCAAUGUAAUCACUGGGAAGUCUGGGUCAAUUUUGACUAUUGGGAUCAACAGGCCAGAGGCGAGGAAUGCUAUAAACAGGACCACAGCUCUACAAUUAUUGGAAGCAUUCACCACUUUUGAGAAUGACAGGACUUUCACAGCAGCUGUAUUAUAUGGGAGAGGAGGCAACUUCUCUGCUGGGUAUGACUUGAAGGAGUUGGCUCAAGAUGCAGCUGCUGCUAAGUAUGAACAAGAUGUCACCAAAGACCCAGGUCCUUUGGGCCCAUCCCGGAUGCAGUUUUCAAAACCCGUGGUUGCUGCGGUGAGUGGCUAUGCAGUCGCUGGUGGAUUAGAACUCUCCUUGUUAGCUGACCUGCGUGUAAUGGAGGAAAACGCUGUCAUGGGAGUCUUCUGCAGACGAUUUGGUGUUCCACUCAUCGACGGAGGCACAGUAAGACUACCAAAGCUGAUUGGCUUAUCCAGGGCAUUGGACCUAAUACUGACUGGUCGUCCCAUUAGUGCACAAGAAGCCCACGAGUUUGGCCUUGCCAAUCGAGUCGUCCCAGACGGUCAAGCUUUUCAAUGCGCCUUGGAAUUAGCGGAACAGAUAUCUGCUUUUCCCCAGAAUUGUAUGUGUGCGGACAGAGCCUCUGCUUACUACAGCAUGUUUGAUGCCUCAUGUUUCACAGAAGCCCUGCAGUAUGAAUUUGACAACGCUAAAGAUGUGAUUUCGAAAGAAUCUGUUUCUGGCGCAAGGAAUUUUGUCUCAGGAACCGGAAGGCAAGGAAAAUUCAGUUAAAGGCUAAAAUAUCCGUAUAAAAUAUAAUAUAAAGGUUAUUUUGAAAAAAAAACGAUGGGCACGUUUGAUUGUCUUGAUUGCACUGCCUAAUGUUAGUGUUCUGACUCACAGCUUCAAUUCCCACUAAUUACCAAUCAUUUAUGUAUUUUUUUAAAUGGGAACAUUUCUUUGACUCCAGUUUGAGGGGGUGUUGUUUAAUCUCAUAAACUGGAUAAAAAUGGUCUGAAAAUGAAAAAAAAAUUGACAAAUGUUGGUUUUAAUGAAGUUGACAACAGUGGAAAUGUGUCGUUAUUUAACUUGAUGUGGAUUAAGUUUAACAUGAAAUAGAUGUGAGAAAAUGCUCAUUAAGAACUGAAAUGUUGAUAGAUCAAUCAUACAUAGUUUCAUAAAAGAGGGAAAGAUCUGACACACUCAGUGGUUCAGGCAGCAUCUAUUCAUAAAGUAAAACGGGAUUAAACUCCCCAUAGACUCGCUGAGAAUACCCAGCAUUUUUCUGUUUUAUUUCAGUUCUAACAUCUGUAGAAGUUGUUUUUCAUUCUUGAAUAUUAGUUGGUCUUUAGGAGACACAAGAGACUGCAGAUGCUGGAGCCUUGAACAAAAGACAAACUGCUGGAGGAACUCAGCAGGUCAGGCAGCAUCUUUUAAGGGAAAUGGGCAGAUUACUUUAUGGGAUGGAAUCCUUCUUAAGCCUCAUAGAGAAGAGAGGAGGUAGCUGGCAGAAAGAGAUGAGUGGGCCAAGAGCUGGUGGAUCAAAGUAACGAGGGGUUAAUUGGCCAUUGAGUCAGAGGGGAGAGAUAGGUGCGUAUAGUAACCAAAGGCUGGAGGUGAUAAAGUGGAGAACACAAAGGGGUGCGAAUGGUGAAAUCUGAGAAGAAAGUAAGGUGAAGACUGAAAUGUGGAACCAAAGGGUGGGAUGGUAGAUAAAUGAGAGCUGGGUGGGUGAGUAAAUGAGGGAUUGCAAGCAGAGAGGGUGGAUGAUGAGCAAAUAGAGGAAAGGAAAGGAACUAGAUGAUCGGGGCAGAGGGAGUGGAACAAAUGGUGUGUGCAGACAGUGGGAGGCUGGGUAGAUAAGUUGGGGAGUGGAGUGAUUGACCUGAAAUUAAAGAAUUCAUUGCUCACGCCAUUAGCUACCCAUAUAUAACCAUAUAACCAUAUAACAAUUACAGCACGGAAACAGGCCAUCUUGGCCCUACAAGUCCAUGCCGAACAAAUUUUUUUUCCCCUUAGUCCCACCUGCCUGCACUCGUACCAUAACCCUCCAUUCCCUUCUCAUCCAUAUGCCUAUCCAAUUUAUUUUUAAAUGAUACCAAUGAACCUGCCUCCACCACUUCCACUGGGAGCUCAUUCCACACCGCCACCACUCUCUGCGUAAAGAAGUUCCCCCUCAUAUUACCCCUAAACUUCUGUCCCUUAAUUCUGAAGUCAUGUCCUCUUUUUUUGAAUCUUCCCUAUAUGAAGUAUUGGUUUUCUAAUUUGCAUGUGCUGUGGAGAAAGCUGAGGACAGAUAGAUCAAUAUGAGAAUGUCAUCACUUUGCCGCUGUAAGAAGAGAUCUUUUUUGAGAAUGGUUUAAACAUUUAUUUUAAGUGAACCAAACCAUGUCUCUUUGGUGCUGUGCCUAAAAUCUUCCAGUAUUUCCCGUCAUCAGCUUCCAGCAAAUGUUUCAUUGAAGGUCCAUGGAUUGAGCUUCUGUGUUUGGCUUCUACAGCGGGUAUUGUACCAUGCUGAACUAUGUAUCUGAACCAGAUAUAGACGUCUGGCUGUUUGUUAAAUAAAUGGGGAAUCAAAG